AUGGCUUCUACCAACUCCAAUGCUGGUGGUGUUGAAGGCAACAACUCCCAUGCUGAUUUGGAAGCUUGUGUGCAGAAGAUUGACCUGAACAACUUGGAUGAGGAAAUGGCUGAAAAGGAACCUGCUGAAAACUCCCCUGCUAAGGACCCUUCAGCUGCUGAAAAUUCCAAGGAGCAGGAAGGGGAGUCUCAGGAGGAUGACAUUGAGUUGGAAGGGGAAGAGGACAUUUUGCAUGCUGAAAUUGCUAAGCUGCAGGACCAUGCUGCUGAGCAGGAUACGCGCAUCCAGCAGCAGCAGUCACUCAUCACCAACCUCAAGAGGGAUCUCUCUGACCAGGACAACAAAAUCAAGUACCUGGAAGUUGAGCUCAAGAACAUGAAGCACGACGCCCGGGAGCACGUUCAUCAGCUGGCGAGGCAGACCUCAAAGAUCAACGAGCUGCGCGAGGCGUUCAGUGCCCUCCGAAGGGAGACCAUGUAUCGCCCUGCACCACGAGCGGAACCGCCUGCCAACUCUGCUAGCGGUCGCACCAACCCUUCUCGCUCUGGUGGUGCAGUGGGUGACCCUGGUCCUUCUACGCAGCGCGCUGCUGAGCCGAGCACGCAGGCUUUUGGCUCUCUGCCAAUCACCCUGCCGCCAUUCAUCCAUGGCAAGACGGACGUGGCUGCGUGGUUGUCGAUGAUGACCGACCUGUUCAAGGCGCACAAGGUCCAAGACGACGCUCGCGUCGUCGCUGCCACCACCGUGCUGGACCAGAAUGCACAGCGAGUGGUGUAUGGCAGCAAGAUCCAGGCUGAGGCGGAUAGGAAGCCGUUUGGAUGGGAGGAAUUCGCAUCUGCACUCAAGCAAGCCUUCCAGGGGGCUGCCUGA